AUCCCAUGAUCCAACACAAAUUUAUAUAAACAGAUGACACUUCGAAUCAAGAUUCACUCACAGAAACAGUUUCAGUUUAAUUUCUACUUUAAAGAUUCAAAGAUUCCAUGGAGAUGAACAGUUAUAACAACGUUAACGGGUAUAAUUAUGAUGGAUAUGGGUAUGGAAAUGGAUAUGGAUAUGGAUGUGGAUAUGGAUAUGGGUCGAGUCCACCGGAGAUGGAAGGAGGAGGGGAGUCGUCGGGGACGUCGGAGGAGGUGAUGCUGGCGUCUAGUCAUCCCAAGAAGCGUGCCGGAAGGAAGAAGGUUCAGGAGACGAGGCACCCGGUGUACAGGGGAGUGAGGCAGCGGAGCUCCGGGAAGUGGGUUUGUGAAGUGAGAGAGCCGUAUAAGCAGUCGAGGAUAUGGUUGGGGACUUUUCCGACGGCGGAGAUGGCUGCCAGAGCUCAUGAUGUGGCGGCGUUGGCGUUGAGAGGGAGGUCGGCUUGUUUGAACUUUGCGGAUUCUGCUUGGAGGCUUCCGACUCCGGCGUCAUUGGAUCCAAAUGAUAUUAGGAAGGCGGCGGUGGAGGCGGCGGAGAGAUUCCGGCAGAGUGAGGAUGGGAAUGGUGAUCAAUCGGCGGAGGGAGUGGGGGUGGAGAUGGGUUAUGGAGGAAAUGUCGGAUAUAUAGAUGAAGAGGAGGAGUUUGGAAUGCCGGGGUUGAUUGUGAAUAUGGCGGAGGGAAUGAUGCUGCCGCCUCCGCCGUCGUACGCCGGUGGUGAGGAAGCGGAGUAUGGCGGUGACAUGUCGUUGUGGAGUUACUGACUUAAAUUCCCCUUUUUGUGUGUGUGUGUGUGUUGGGGAGCUUCAAGUAUGAAAAAAGGAUGGAUUUAGAAAUAUUCCGUGCUUAUAUUGUGUUUUUUUUAGAAAUAUGUACGGAUAUUAGAAACAUAUACAAAGAGUGAAAUAGUGUGAUGAUUAUAAAUAUAUUUCAAUGUAUGGUUCCUUAAAAAAAUGUCAUAUUGGAAAUCAUAUGUUUCAGUUUUGA